CAAGAAUUAAAUGUACUGUACGAAAGAACAAAUCAUAAUUAUUUUUUAUUUUAAAGAUACGAAUGGAAGCUUGAGAAAUUAAGUUAUUUAACGACUUUGCCUCACACUUUUAGCUAUGUUUACUUACCAAUUAUUUUCAUGAAUGUGAAAAUGUUUUAAAUACCGGACGAAUGAUGGAUCACAAAAAUGGUGACGGUUCACAGUCGCCGAGCAACAAUACGGUAUCGGAUUAUGAUCUGCAAUUGCCAGCAUGGAGCUUAGAGUGCCUUAAGGCGGCGGCCGUUCAACAUAGGCUUCAGCGACCGAGGAGCCUUGCGUGGGCCAUAUUGCUGAAUGCCCUGCCACCGCCAAAUGCUGAUAUUGCUGGCAGCCUGAAAACUCAUAGGAAUUUCUACAAUGACAUAAAGUCCAAGCUGUCGAUGGACCCUCGGAACGUCAUCGGCGAUGACCCCCUGUCGCAGAAUGAUGAGAGCGCAUGGAACCAGCAUUUUUGUGACAACGAACUGAAGGCGUUGAUACUACAAGACGUUGUCAGGACGUUUCCUGACGAGCUCUACUUUAGAGAUAAAGACGUUCAGGACAUGAUGGUGCAAGUAUUAUUCUUCUGGGCACGCUCUCACGCCUACGUGGGCUACCGGCAGGGCAUGCACGAGGUGCUGGCUCCGCUGUUGCUAGAACUGCAUAGAGACAGGACACACGCACCGAGAACACUUACUAAUACAUUAAGAUACAUCUUGGAAGAAGAAUAUUUGGAACAUGACAGCUACAUGAUGUUCAGCGCGGUGAUGAAAGGUCUGGAGAAGUUCUAUACGACGGGCGACGUGGUGCCUUCGUCAUGUGGUCGUCUGCCUGUAUCUAAAGUCAUCCACAACCCGAACGAAGUAGUAAGAUACCUGGACAAGGUGCGAGAAGAAUGUUUAUCGCCGCUAGACAACGAAUUAGCCACGCAUUUAGCUCAAUGUAAUAUUUCUAUGGAGCUGUUUGGAAUUCGAUGGCUACGGCUGCUGUUCGGGCGCGAGUUUCCGCGCGCGGAGCUGCCGCAGCUGUGGGGCUUUCUGUUCGCGGACGGGCCCAUGCUGCCCAACAUACACUACGUCGUCGUCGCCAUUCUGAUAGCUAUGAAGGCCACGCUAAUGGACGCGGAUUCAGGCGUGGUCCUAUCCGCCUUGAUGAGGCCGCCGCGGUUAUCAGUGACUUACGCUUGCGCGCUCGCUCUGCACUUGCGGAGUCCGCUGCAGCACCCGCGCCCACAGCCGCCGCCCGUUCAGGAUAAAGACCAAGAUAUGUCCACGUACUCCAGCGAGUGGGCGCUCGAGCAGCAGGGCUACGCCACGGGCUCGGACUCGGGGUCGGAGGGCGUGGCGGAGGGCGCCGACAUCGCGCGCUCGCUCGCCGCGCUCGGGCUCCUGCGCGCGCAGCUCCCGCCCGCCGCCGCCGCGCUCGCCCGCGAGCUCAGGGACCCCCCACCCAGGGUCGCGGCGCCGCUGCAGAGGAUACUCAAGCUGGCAGCUCUCCUAGAAUGCCGCAACCACGCCCUCAUCGACGUUGAAACGGCCCUCGAGGCGGCCGAAGCGGGCGCCGAACAAAUCGGACGACGGAAAAUAGUCCCCGUCAUAGUCAACCACAAACCUCAACCUAAACCCGCGGUUAAAGUCAAAGAAGUGCCCUUAAAACUGUUCCAUAAAACGGAGUGUUUCAAUAGCGACCUGCCGUGCUUAGAUCCGUUGAGACUUAGGACUGAAUGAUUAAGGGAGUUAUAGGGAUAAGUGAAGUGACUAAGUGAAACUUUAUUAAAGUGAUAACAAGGCUGGUGUAAACAUUUAAAGUAAUGAAUUUGGGGGAGUAAAAGCUUCUACAGUACUAUUUCGACUUUAAAAAGAGGUAAUUUUAAAUAAAUAUGGGAGAGAUGGUACAAAUAGUUAAAAAUACAGAAAAAUGUGAUUAAUAGUCACAAUACAACUCUUAAUAAUUAAACUCAUGAAGAAUAAUUACAGGAUUUAAAAGAUAAACGUGUGAUAGAAAAGUGUUAAAGUGAAGCAAGAACAAACAAAAAUGAUACUGACUGACUCAAUAAUAGUGAUAACGCUGAUCGAUUGAUGAUUCGCAAAUUAAUAUUUUGUGAUACAAGAUACAAGUGUGGAAAAUAAUCAAUUCCAAUCAAGUUGAACGAUAUAAAUUGAAAUAGAUUUAGGAUGUAACAUAAAAUGUAAGAUUUGCUAAGGUAAAAAAGCAAUAAUAAACAGGAAGUCUUAAAUAUUACUCUAAGUUUACUACAGUUUAAGUUUAUAAGAUUUCAUUACUUUAUCAGUGAAAUAAAUACGUUCAUAUGCCCGUAACAGAUGUAAAAUAUAAUGUAAAAACCGGUUAAAUUUUUAUUAAAGAUGUGAUAGUAGUAAGUGCAAAUUGAGUUUAUAUUAUUAUAAAGAUUACCAAUCAUUAGCAGAUGUUUUCUUACAGAUUUUUCACCAAACUCCUAGUAAAGGAAAAAUCUAUUUUUCAAACAGAUGUAGUUCUGCCGAAUGUACUACACGAAGUACAUACCAUGAAUAGUGCUUUAGGGUGGUAUUCCACCCUUAAUUAGUUUAGUAGUAUCCAUUUUGCAAAAAAAAGGUGAAAAAACAAGAUAUCAAAUAUUUGUACUUGGUGGAGUACAUUUGGCACUCAUUCUUACUGUAAAGUUUAUAUCACGCCUGAACGAAGAGCAUUAAUUUAACUUGUAGUAUAAAUAAACAAAGAUUCCCGAUUAUUUAUGGAAGACAUCGUGACGAUAAUAAUCAUAACUAUACUUCGUUUAUAUAUACAUACAUACAGUUUAUAUAUACAGACAAGUUUAUCAUAAUUGUCAUACAAAUUACAACAAUUAUGAUAAACAAUUAUGACAAUUAUGAUAAACUUUGUGUUCAUAGCUGAAAUGUAAUUAAAAUAUUAAUAUAGUUAGGAGAAUCGUGUCAAAUAUAUUGUAAGCUAAACUGCUGCCAUAAUUUGUAGCUUUUAUAAAUCUACUAACAAAAAUCAUUAUAGCUUCGUUUUUCAAGUACAUAAUUAAAUGUGCAAUUCAAUUAGAAGAUAUGCCUUAUAAGGUUGUUCCUUUUCGGGAAUUAUUAAGAUACCUAAUAUAUAUUAUUAACGUAAUUAAAAAUAAAUUGAAAAAUCAUGUUACCUAAGCAUUUAUUUUUGAGUCCAUUUAAAUAUAUUCUAUGAAAUCACUGCCUGAUAUCGGCUUGGCACGGACGUACGAAAUUCAAGAUCUUCUCUUAGUUUUACACAUCUUAUACAAAUUAAUCAAAAUGCUUCAUUGCUUAUUAUUCGCUUGCAUAAAUACAGUUUGUUGUAUUAUGUAAAUAUUCAGUUUAAAUGAAGUUGGAUACAUUAAUUAUAUAAUUUCAUUAACUAGAAGUGAAAUGCAUUUGAUUUAGGUAAAAACCCCAAAGCUGGAAGUCAGCAUCAAUAGCUUUAUAGGAAGAGUUAUGUCUCCAUCCUCGUAAAACCCACGAUCCUACCUGUGGUACUAACUACUUCAAUGUAAUUUAAACCAUUUGAAAUUGGAAUAAAGUUGCAUUUCUAUUUCGUCUGAUUUUAAAGCAAUUUUUUUUGUUGGGCCUUAGGAGGAUAAAUCUGAAUCCGUUGAUGCUGACUGUGGACUGUGGGCAUCAAUAAGAUGUAUUUUUACUUAAUACCUAGGUAUUUUAUAUUUUAAAACAAACUAGUUUUUACAUAGAAUGGCUGUUAUGUUUUAUCAUUCAUUUAGAUUUUUUGCUGCAAUGAAUCAAAUAGGUAUAAGUAUGUAGAUUUGUAUAUUGAUUAUAAUUAAAACCUUUUGUUCAUUUAUUAAUCAUUAAGGUAGAAAAUCAAAAUGAAUAAAAGCUAUUCUGAAUCUUAGCUAGGUAUUUAGGUACUUAUCAUGUUCAUGGUUGUCUCGCGGGCUUUCCAUAUUGUAUACCUAUAUAAAAAAAAAGAUUCCGCUUUAUGUAUACCUAUUUAUAAAAUAAAUAGGUUUAUGGAAAUAUUGA